GUCCAGUGAUCGUGAAAGAAGGCAGUGAUGCUAUUUUACCCUGUUCCCUCAGCACCAUGGAGAACAUUACGUCAAAACUCUUUGACUGGAAGAAGAAAGAGAAAAAUAAGCAGGUGUUCAUGUACAAUAAUGGAUUGGUUUAUGGUCAGGACCGUUCAGGUCAAGAUGAGCAGUUCAAAGGUCGCGUCUCACAUUUUCCAGAUGAGCUGAAGUACGGCAACGCCUCCAUCAUCAUCAGAAAUACGAAGGUGACUGACAGUGGAAACUACACCUGUGUUUUUCCAGAUCCUCAGCCAGGACAAAUAUUCCACAUUGAACUUAUUGUUGAUCGUAUCUUAAAGGACAGAUCAGCUGAAAACAUCCCAGGUGAGUCCUUUGAUGGCGUCACUGAUAACCU